AUGGCGAGCCUUCCAUUGUCCCUCGGAACGCUUCCGCUCGACAUACUAACCUAUCUGAUUUAUGAUUGCGUCGACGACGAAGGUACCCUUUACGCUCUUAGCCUUACCUGUCGCGUUCUCCGAAGCGUUGCUUUUAGGCGGAUAUGCUCGGAAAAGGUUGCGAUAAACCUUAACCUGCCCGGAUAUGCAGAAAUAUGUCAGGAGAAUUCACUUACAACCCUUCUAAAGUCGGAUGAAUAUCGGUCGGUCGGCUUGACCAAGCAGCUGUGGGUUAAUAUCAACAGCCUUGAGUGCCGAAGCCUCAUUCACUUAGAGAAUUACGAUCGUUUCAUCAGGGAUGCUGGAGGGAUAGUGGAACGAUGCCCCGCUGUCGAAACAGCUACUGUGAGGGAGUGUUCUGGCAUGAACAAAAAUGACAUCUUGGAUGUCAUUCACUGGUCGAACAAGGUGGUGAAGCUCCCGAGGCUAAGAUUUUUAUUUAUCGAUUCUUCGGAAAGACGCCACUUUAGAUCACAGCCGGAUGACCAGCAUAUAGCUCGCAUCGAGGGACUACAUCAGGAAAAGCGACAUUUGAAUAGUCUAGAAUGUCUAUCGGUUCAGAAUUGCUUCAGUGGAAUAUUCUCUGACGAUUUUUCACCCCAGAGCUUGUUUAUUCAAAACACAAUCGUUGACAAUAUCGAUUCUCUGAACCGGCUAUGGUUUCAUGGAGCUGAGCUUCGGGAGGCCCUGAAGGAGAUGCCAACGGCUUCUUUGGCUAAUAUGCGUUUGAAAUCGCUAAGCAUCCGCUUACUCCCAACCCAUAGCGACCUUAUCAGAGUCUUCGGUUUGUGCCCAAGAGACGAUCGACGGCAAAGUGGUGUUAUAGCAAAUAAAGAUGCAAUGACGGGGCUCGAGCACUUAUAUCUUUCGGAUGGUAACUUCAUGGCAGAAGGGGAAUUAGAGUUGCUCCCGUAUCUCUACACGCCAAUUCUAAAAUCACUUCAAGUCGGUGUUGGGGUUUUUCAACCUGAGGGAAGCCCAGAAGGCCUGCCAAGGCCUUUUGAGGACUAUUUAGGGUCACUCUCAUCGCUUGAAAGGUUCGGGACAUCUGGGGCAACGAUGAUCCCAAAGGCUUCGUACUUGACACUACUAGAUCGGGUUGUGGCAUCGCAGCCCGGUUUUAAAUCUCUCGCGGUGUGGAAUAGCUGGUAUGCGUUUGGUUUGCUGUUUCCAGGCGAACUCCUGAAAACAACGAUGUACACAUCCUUGGAAAGGGUAGAAAUCGCAUCGAAAUUUGAAUGUGCAGAUGAAGGAUUAUUUAGAGCACUAGGAUCUGUAUUCCGCGCGUAUUCAGGCUCCAAUUCUUCACUCAAAACAUUAUCUUUCGGGCAAAGUUUUGCGGAGAAACAGUAUUUCGGCGCCCGCGAAAUUUGCACUAUUGUGUCCAGCAUUCUUUACGUUCAUCAGAGGCGCCGUUGCCCCGAUACCCCAUUUCUACUCGAUCAUAAUGAGUCGCAGAGUUCGCCUUUAGUGGAAACGCCGGCUAGGCGAAUUCUCUUUGAUGCGAUUUCCGGGAAAAGGAGUUGGCGUAGACCGUUCAUCUACAAAGCAAGCUACCGGAAUGCUGUUGAGAGUUAUCUCCAUUCAUUCGUAUCGACGCUGCCGCCUGGAAAGAACCAAUGGAAUACAAAGCUAUCCGACUGGGACACUUAUAGCCAAUGCAACAAAGCGACAGCAUCGAAUGGAAUAUAUGAAGCUAUUAUGGCCGAGCUUCCCGAGGGAUUUAAACGAUUGGAGUUAGAUUGGAGGGCGGAACGCGCUGGUGGAAAGUGGCCGAAAGAUAUAAAAGAAUGGAGGUUUGUAUGGGAAAAGACGGAAGCGGGUUGGGAACUUGUGGAGUCGUCUUGA